UUUUUUUUUGUGAAGGAAAUAAUUACUGACAUUUGGGUUCACAAAAAAUACAACUCAUACCAAUUUAUAUAAAAGAAAAUACAACUAAUAAAGAAAACCCAGAUGAGUUAUUGCUCUUCCAUGGCUUCCCUUCUCAGUCCAUCUCCCACUGUUCUUCUGCAACACAAGGUGAAUCGUGUCUGUGUUACUGUAUCUACAAACAUAACUUCUAAAAGUUACUGGACUAGUGUGAGAAAUGGUAGAUGGCAUGACCUUAGUUUUGUGACAAAAGCUAAGAUGGCUGUUGAAGGAGAUGUACUUGAGAAAGAGUCUGUUAGUGUCAAUGAAGAUUAUGGAGUUGUUAGUGUUCACCAUGUUGGAAUUCUGUGUGAAAACCUUGAAAGGUCGAUUGAUUUCUACCAGAAUAUUCUAGGUCUUGAAAUAAAUGAAGCAAGGCCAGAUGAUAAGCUCCCUUACAGAGGUGCUUGGUUGUGGGUGGGUUCUGAGAUGAUUCAUCUGAUGGAGCUUCCCAAUCCUGACCCCUUAACUGGACGACCUGAACAUGGGGGCCGAGAUCGUCAUACUUGUAUUGCAAUUAGGGACGUGUCUAAGCUGAAAGCAAUCCUUGAUAAAGCUGGUAUUCCCUACACACUUAGCCGCUCUGGGAGGCCUGCAAUCUUUACACGAGAUCCAGAUGCAAAUGCUCUAGAGUUUACUCAAGUGGAUAACUGAAAUUUAAACAUUUCCAGCAUACACUUGCAAUAUCAAUGUCGUCAGAAUUCUGUUGCCUCUAGGGACCAAAGCUACAUGUACAGAUAAUUGAGAAACUAAAAUGUCAAUGACCGUUGUUUCAUAA